UUGGGCAGGUUAUAUUUUAUAAUAGGCGGGCGGUUAUUAUGCGACAUGUGCGUAUAAAACCGCCGCACGGGCACCCCCGGCUUCACACAACGUUGGGACGCAUUGCACCGCACGCAAAAUGAAGUUUUUGGCCGUAAUUCUUCUCGCGCUGUGGCGUCAAGCUGCCUGCGUCGUCCCUGUAUCUCCUUUGGGGUACGCGCGGCCAGCGUUCGCCCCGUUAGGCGUAGCGCCUGGAUUGGCCCCGCUCGGCGUAGCCCCGGGGUUGGCACCACUGGGCGUAGCACCCAGAUUGGCACCCGUGGUGGCGCACCCGGGUUUAGCUCCCAUCGGAGUAGCACCUAGGGUCGCGGCGGUCGCCCCGGCUGUUGACGAAUAUGACCCUAACCCGCAGUAUUCUUACGCCUACGACAUUCAGGAUGCUCUAACCGGUGACUCGAAGAGCCAGCAGGAGACGCGGUCGGGCGACGUGGUGCAGGGCUCGUACUCGCUGGUGGAGCCGGACGGGUCGCGGCGCGUGGUCGAGUACACGGCCGACCCGCACAACGGGUUCAACGCCGUCGUGCACAAGGAACCCCUCGCCGCGGUCAAGGCUGUCGCCGCGCCCGCCUACAUACACUAGUCGACUAAAAACCAAGAUUUUUCGCUGUCUGUCUUUUUAUCUCUUGCGUAUUCGAGUGAUAGAAAGGAAGACGGCGAGCGAGUGAAGCUUGCGGAAAAAAGUUUGCGGUGGCACCUCAGUGAUAAAAAUGGUAGAGAAAGAUACAUUAGGAAAUGGUUAUUUCCGAAUUCGGGAUUCAAGUAAUAUUAUAGAAUCAGAGACUUUUAGAACAUCAGGGAGUCCAGAAUUAUUAACAAUGCCUGACAACGCUAAAUGCGUUAUACCUAUUUUACAUGAAUCUGGUUAGUGUAAGAUGAAAGGGGAAAAGCAAUAUUUUUGUUAUAUAUUCUUGUAUGUGUUAGACGGAGAGUUCCCAAAAUCUUUUUUGAUUUGGAACAAUAAGUAAGAUGGAUGUCACAUUAAUUUAUUAAUCAGAAAGAUCGAACCUACAAUGCAUUGUUGAGACUGGUAUUAAGUAGAAUAGAUAAAUGUGAUUAUUACAUCUAAUAAUAACUUCUUUCACUAACGAUAUUCAUUCAGAGCGUUACCGUGAACUGUCUGCCAAUGUGACCUGAACCUUAUUUAUAUAGAGAAGUAUUGUUUUUUUUAUUAACAAGUAAGUAGUUGUUGAUUGUUACAGCUAAGG